AUGAUCAACGCUGUACUGGUCUUUAAUAACAAUGGUCAACCAAGACUGACCAAGUUCUACUCUCAACUGGACACGGCGACGCAGCAGUCAUUGCUCUCUCAGAUAUUCAGUCUUGUAUCAGCUCGUCCAGCUUCCGCCUGUAAUUUCCUACCUCUCCCUCCGCUGCUGGCUCCCACAGGCAGCAAUACCUCCCCUGAUGCCCCGACUCAAAUCACUUAUCGACAUUACGCAACGCUGUACUUUAUUCUAAUUUCCACCUCCACCGAGUCACCGCUGGCGCUGCUCGAUUUUAUCCAAGUCUUUGUAGAGGCCUUGGACAGACUCUUCGAAAAUGUUUGUGAACUAGACUUGAUCUUUGGGUUUGAAACACUUCAUGCGGUCCUUAGCGAGAUGGUUGUGGGUGGUGUUGUGGUGGAGACGAACCUCGAAAAGAUUGUUGACGGAGUGAAGACCAGUGAGGGCGCUAAGGGCAAACGAAAAGCUGUCAACGCUCGCGACCCUGGGAGCUCUAUUGGGAGAGGUAGUGGGUUUGCGGGACUAGGUUGGUCUACAGGCACAGGAAGCAGCUGGAGGUGA